AUGUCCUUUCAAAAUUAUACUGAGACUCCUAUUGAGGAGUGGCAAGACUUCGUCCUUUGGGAUGACGACUGCUACAACAACCCCACGGUCACGCGAGGCAACGGCCGUCAUGGCUACUUAGGGGUUGAAGUCUCUGGCGUCGAGUCACCGUACGUGACAUCGGCACCUCCUUCGAACUACGACGGCCCUUCAUCGUUCGACUAUGUCGUCUCUGCACCACCCUCCAUUAUUGAUGAAUCGUCCUCCUACGGCCAAUUCUAUGGCACCUCGCCGACAUUCUCGUCCACCGCGACGUCCCCGCUUGUAGGUCGAGACGAUGGUCGCUACUUUGACUCUUUCGGAGCUUGUGACUACCUUCUCCCCCCCGUUCGAGAGGCUACAGAAUCGCCUCUCUUAGACACCACUCGCGAGCGGAUCGUCGAUUCACCCAGCUCUCUAGCAACAACCGCGGGCACGUUCCUCAACCCACACGUGGCAGGAUCGUUCCAAGCCUUCAGCAGACAAGAUGUUGUGGCAUCUCAGAUCCUCGCGAGCACAGGUGGCUGGACCGACCGGACCUUGAUCAGUGAGCCCAUUGCAGAACGUGGCGAAGAUAGGGCUUCAACAUCACCGAUACCGAUCAUACGAGCACAGAGUCAGAGCUUGAACAGCUCCUUCGAAUCCUACGAUCACCAGAUCUACGAUCAUCGAACGAGGGCCAUCACCAUUCCACAGCCAGGUGGUAGGUCUACCGGCCGUAGUGCUGGAAUGCCACACCCUCAAUGGGCUUUGAACGCACCACCAAUGCUUUCAAUGUCCCCUGUAUCUCAACGGCGACCCCGCAGUGCCACUCUGUCAAGAAGCAGCUCACGUACUGAACAACGCAAGAACCGAGCAUCCCCGUCACCAACAUCUGCACAUUCCUUGGGCUGGAUCUCCAUGCAGAUGAACAACCAGUCUGGACGGAUGGCAGCUGCAUCUACUGAAGGCACUCCAGGACGGAUUCCAAAAGGACGCAAGAAGGGUCUUGAUCCUAGGCAACGAAGCGAAGCGGCCUUGAUGCGGAUCAUUGGCUCGUGUUCAAACUGCAAGAAGCGUAAAGAGAAAUGUGACCCUGGCACACCUUGCAAGUCCUGCCUCAAACACUACAAAGGCGACUUGGUCAAGAACCCUUGUCGGAACCAUUUGCUGGCCAACCUCACCAAGGCGUUCCUGUCUGAUCGCCACGCAUGGCACCCUACAGCCCGGUCACUCGAGUCGUGCAUCAAGUCUGGCGCAUUCAAUGUCUCGACCGAUGUCACCCACAAGAUCGAGCUUUACUUCGGCUUUGGGCAGCCCAUGAAGGUCAGCGUUCACCCAGUCGAGAUAGACAGCCUACAGCCAUUGGUGCAUGAACAUCUUGUCUACUCAUGGCCCCCUCAAUCUUCGACCUCUUCCACUCACAUCCAAGCCGUUCUGCCCGCAGUCCUGACAGAAGGGAGUAUAGCUGGGCUCGAGGAUGCACUUGAUGCUCACCUCGCCCAUCUUGUCAUGUCGGAGUUCCAGGCUUUUCCGUUGUAUUGCUCGCUGCUCCGAACGCUUCACAGGGUCUACAUCUUCUUCCGCUCCCUGCAGCCAGAUUCUGCACCCUGGCGUCUUCUCCUCGACGCUCUCAAGCUCCUCGUACUUGUGCAUGUUGGGGGCGACAUCACGCUCCCCAAGCAGUUCGAGAGCGCUCCUCUAGCACGUCUUGUGCGCAACACCAUGAACAUUUCUCCAGACGACCAGCCCUCGCCUUGCUUCAUCAGAGCGCAGUUUGGCGGUGUGAUGCCCACGCUUGCGAACAAAUUGAUGGAACGGGUACUCUCGUCCGUGGAACGGCUCUUGCUCAGCCGCAACGGCGACCACUGGCCUCUCGCGCUCGCCACCCUCCUCGUCGUCCUGAUGACCGUCGAAUCGAUCCACUACCACGCAGCCAAACUGCCAUACCACGACGCGUACGACGCCCACGGCGCGACCAACUCAAGUGACGGCCUCGACGCCGACGACAGCGCGGUAGACACCAUACUAGCCUUGUACAAAGCCUGCUUCUCCGCUUGCCACACGCGGCUCCGGCCCGAUUGGGAAGGCGAGCUCGGUACAGCGACUGGGCCCAGCUCGCCGGCGGAUCAGUUCGUCAAGAGCGUGCGCGAGGCCGUGGGCAGAGCCCGUGCAGGCGACUAUCUGGAGAGCAAGGUCGGCGAGAAGAGAGUGGACGAGGAGGACAUGGGCUUCUUCUUUGACCGGCUGGUGGCCAGACUGUUGCUGUUGGAGUCUUGA